AUGGCAGUAAUGUCUUCUCUUGCCUCCGGCCAGUGGGCCCAAGCUCUUGUCGCGCUUGGCCUCUUGCUCUUGACGAAACUUGCCUGGGAUGUUUUCUUUUCUCCGUUGAGGGCCAUUCCGGGCCCAAUUUUGGCCAAGAUCACAGAUGCCUGGCGGGCUAUUCACACGCAUCGUGGCCGUGCCGACCUGAAACAUCUCGAACUCCACCGUAAAUAUGGAACAGCAGUGGCAAUUGGUCCUAACUGCGUGAGCAUUUCUGAUCCGAGCCUUAUUCGGACGAUCUACUCCACACGUAACCCAUGGAAGAAGAGUGACAUGUACCGGCCUAACGAUGUACUCAUUGAAGGCCAUCGUCUUAGUAACUUGUUCAACUCCCAAGAUGAGGAGUGGCAUAACGAGAACAUUCGACCUAUUCGCGGUCUCUGGAGCAUGACCAAGGUUCUUGAGUAUGAGCCUCUUAUUGACGAGACCAUCAACAAGUUUGUGGACAAGCUUGCCCAGAAGUUUGUGGAUGGCAAGAACGCUGGUACUGUCUGCCCAGCAGACGAGUGGAUUGGAUAUUUUGCCUGGGAUGUCACUGCGAACUUCAGUUUCGGUCGGCACUAUGGCUUCAUUGACCAAGAGAAGGAUGUGGACAAUCUGAUCACCGACUCCACUGAUGGUUUGAUCUACUUUGCUCCUGUCUCCCAAAUCCCUUGGAUUGACAACUUGCUCGACAAAAACCCAAUCAAGCGAAUUGGACCCAAACCAACUUUGACUGGCGUUCUCUAUGCCUUCAAGGUUGUUGCAGAGUACCAAGCUCAGCUCGCCGACAAGAAAGUCACUGCCGGCUCAGUGGAUCACACCUUGGACAAAUACGUGCAACUCAAGGAGACAUACCCGGACAUGGUCAACGACCAACAAAUCGUGAACUGGCUGAUGCUGAGCAUCCUAGCUGGAGGCGAUACCAGCUCUGCCACUAUGCGUGCCAUCUUCUACUACCUGGCCAAGUCCCCCGCGGCAUCAUCCAAGCUCGCCACCGAGCUGCAAGCUGCCUCUCUCCCCACACCGGCACCUUGGAAAUCGAUCCGAGACCUGCCUUAUCUGGAUGCAGUUAUCCGCGAAUCCAUGCGCAUCAACCCCGGCAUCGCAAUGAUCUUUGAGCGUGUAGUUCCAGAGGGUGGAUUUACCCUGCCAGACGGACGCUAUAUCCCUGCUGGUACUAAGAUUGGGUGCAACCCCUUCGUGACCAACCGGGACUCUGGUGUCUUUGGGGACGAUGCCGAUGAUUUCAACCCGGACCGCUGGUUGCAGGGUAAGAAUGAAAGCGAUGAGCAAUUCGAGGCUCGUUCUCGACGUAUGAAGGAUACCGUUGACUUUGUCUUUGGUGGCGGUGGUCGUAUCUGCAUGGGUCGGUAUUUGGCCAUGCUGGAGAUCAAGAAGUUGAUUGCGACACUUUACAGUCUGUUCGAUAUUCAACUAGUCGAUCCGAAGCACGAGUGGAAGUACCGUGAUGCUUGGUUCGUCUACCAGUACGACAUGCCGAUGAUCAUCAAGCGCCGCGAGUAG